CUUUUCUAUGUCUGUGCUUCUUCUUCUGCCGUAAUUCAUCUCUCUCUCUGUAUCUCUCUCUCUCUCUCAGAAUCCAAAUUCACACUUUGAAAUUCCGACUAUGAGCGAGCAUGUUGCUGGUGGGUUCGAGAUUGGCGAUGAUUGGAUCUGGCCUUUCUAAGAAGGCGACAACUGAAAAGCAGUACAGCUGGUCUCCUGUUCCCCAUUGGCCGAUUAGCUCGAUUUCGUAAGAAGGACGAGUACGCCGAACGUGUUGGUGUCGUUGCUUGGAUUUAGUUAGCCGCCGAGCUUGCGGUGAGAAACGAUGGGGAGCUGUGUGAGUUGGUUGGUGAUGUGAAGAUUUCUAAUGGAGGUGUUGUUGGGUUGUUGUUCUUAUUCUCGUUUUUUUUUUUUUUUUUUUUGGUUGAAGUAAAUGGAUAAGAAAGCCAGAAAACCCCUUCAUCUCAAGUAAGCUUCUUUCUUUGAUCUUCUUCGUUUCGUUUUCUUUCGUUUCUAAUUGAGAAAUGGCUGAAACCAAGGUAGUGGUUCCAGAGUCUGUCUUGAAAAAGAUCAAGAGGCAAGAGGAAUGGGCUCUGGCCAAGAAAGAGGAAACUGUUGCUGCCAAGAAGAAGAGUGUUGAGACCCGUAAGCUUAUCUUCAAGAGAGCUGAGCAGUAUGCCAAAGAGUACGCUGAGAAGAAUAAUGAGUUGAUCCGAUUUAAGAGAGAGGCUAAGUUGAAAGGAGGGUUCUAUGUCGACCCAGAGGCUAAGUUGCUCUUUAUCAUUCGUAUCCAUGGUAUCAAUGCCAUUGACCCAAAAACCAUAAACAGCUUUUUUUUCUUGUCUCAAAUGCAGCUGAAACUUGAGCUGAAGGAAAAGGGUGUCUUGGUCUCUGCUGUUUGUUUGCUUCAGGUUAAUCUUUAACAUUCAUCACAAAAGCAAAAGACUUCCCAUAUGGGGAAAGCAAAGCAACCUCCAUUUCCCUCGUUUCAAGCUCAGCCAUUAACCCUUGAUAUUUUUUAAUUAUGUUUUUAGUUUUAUUUUGUAAUACAUUUUUUUUUAUAUCAUGGUUUCAUAAUAAGAAAUAUAGUAUUUUUUAUUUUUAAUAUCAAUUCAUUCCAAAAACAAACAGUUAUUCAAUAA